UUUUUUUUUGUAGAUUGCAGUGAUGAUGUAUUUCGUUGUAACACAGGAAAAUGCCUCAAUUAUACCUUUGUGUGUGAUGGAUAUGAUGACUGUGGAGACCUUAGUGAUGAACAAAACUGUGAUUGUAAUCCAGUGAUGCAUCAUCAGUGUGGAGAUGGAAGGUGUAUAACAGCUGAUUGGGUGUGUGAUGGUGACCAUGACUGCACAGACAAGUCAGACGAAAUCAAUUGCUCAUGUCAUAGUCAAGGUCUGGUGGAGUGCAAAAACGGGCAGUGCAUUCCCAGUGCGUUCCAGUGUGACGGAGAUAAUGACUGUAAAGAUGGAAGUGAUGAAGAAAACUGCAGUGAAAGCCAAACCCUCUGUCAGGAGGGAGACCAGAGAUGUGCUUCCUGUCCUGAUCCCUGCGGAUCUUCUCCCUGUGACAUGAGAGACAGCCAGACAAACUGCAGUCAGUGUGAACCAAUUACUUUGGAACUCUGUAUGAACUUGCCUUACAACUAUACUAGUUAUCCAAACUAUCUGGGCCACAGGACUCAGAAAGAAGCCUCUAUCAGCUGGGAAUCUUCUCUUUUCCCAGCCUUGGUUCAGACCAACUGCUAUAAGUACCUUAUGUUUUUUGCCUGUACAAUCCUAGUACCAAAAUGUGACCCCUAUACAAAUCAACGGAUCCCACCUUGCAGGACGUUAUGUGAGCAAUCCAAGGAACGCUGUGAGUCUGUACUUGGCAUUGUAGGUCUGCAGUGGCCAGAAGACACUGACUGCACUCAAUUUCCAGAGGAGAACACAGACAACCAAACUUGUCUAACUCCAGAUCAAGAUGUAGAAGAGUGCUCCCCUAGUCACUUCAAGUGCCGAUCUGGGCGGUGUGUCCUGGCAUCCAGAAGAUGUGAUGGUCAAGCUGACUGUGAGGAUGAUAGUGAUGAGGAAAGCUGUGGAUGUAGGGCAAGGGGCCUUUAGUGUCCUUCGAAGAAGCUUUGCAUCAAGCACACUAUGAUCUGCGAUGGUUUCCCAGAUUGCCCUGACAAGAUGGAUGAAAAGAACUGCUCCUUCUGUGGAGAGGAUGAGCUAGAAUGUGCCAACCAUGAAUGUGUGCGACGCGAGCUCUGGUGUGACGGGCAAGUAGACUGCAGUGACAGCUCGGAUGAAUGGGACUGUGUUACGCUGUCUAAAAACAUGAAUUCCUUGACGUUCCUGACAAUUCAUAGGUCAGCUGCUGAUUACCAUGUUUGUGCUGACGAGUGGCAAGAAAAUUUGAGCCAGCUGGCCUGCAAUCAGAUGGGUUUAGGAGGACCACCUAAAACAGAAAUUGUACAAGAAAAUGAGGAAAUGCAGCAUCACAAAUGGCUGAAUCUGCACUCAGAUUGGAAGAAUAAAAAUGCAUCCACUUUACAUGCACUUCUAGUGAAUGGACAGAUAUGUCAAAGCAACAGUAAAGUGUCUCUUCUCUGCACUAAAGAAGACUGUGGCCGUCGCCCGGCUGCCCGCAUGACCAAGAGGAUCCUCGGUGGCCGGACCAGCCGCCCGGGCCGAUGGCCGUGGCAGUGCUCCCUGCAGAGCGAGCCCAGCGGACACAUCUGCGGCUGCGUUCUCAUCGCAAAGAGAUGGGUCUUGACAGUAGCGCAUUGCUUCGAAGGGAGAGAAAAUGCAGCUGUUUGGAAAGUAGUGCUGGGUAUAAGCAACCUGGACCACCCUUCGGCCUUCAUGCAGACGCGGCUCGUGAAGACCAUCAUCCUGCACCCUCGCUACAACCGUGCGGUCGUAGACUACGACAUCAGCAUCGUGGAGCUGCACGACGAUAUCAACGAGACGAGUUACGUGCGGCCGGUCUGCUUGCCCAGCAAGGAGCAGCUGGUCCAGCCGGACACCUACUGCUACAUCACAGGCUGGGGACACAUGGGCAACAAAAUGCCUUUUAAGCUCCAAGAAGGAGAAGUUCGCAUCAUUUCCCUGGAGCAGUGCCAGUCGUACUUUGACAUGAAGACCAUCACCAGCAGGAUGCUGUGUGCUGGCUAUGAGUCUGGCACUGUGGACUCCUGCAUGGGUGACAGCGGAGGACCGCUCGUGUGUGAACAACCUGCAGGGCGCUGGACUCUGUUUGGUUUAACAUCUUGGGGCUCCGUCUGCUUUUCCAAGGUUUUGGGACCUGGAGUUUACAGCAACGUGUCACAUUUUAUUGAAUGGAUCGAAAGACAAAUAUACAUCCACACCUUUCUGCUAAACUAG